AAACUUACUAGCAGCACCCAAUAUGUCCAUCACGCCUUAUAAAAUCGUUGUAUAUCAAUUAAUGCGGAAACUGAAUGAUACUUGUUUUGAGCCAAAAAUCAGAAUAAGGAAGAUUCAACCUGAUGGGAUUUUGAUUCUAAUUGAUGUUGAAUUUCAGUUUCCUGUUAUAAACGUCUGCACUGGAUUGAUACCUUAUUACAAUAAUGAAGUGGCACUACGCGCGACAAUUAUCAACGAGAAAUUUGUACUUAUUAUAUAUUUUAAAAGUAUUGAAUCUUCUCCUGUAAAAUACACUCUUUUUGCAGCAAUAUCUGAUGAAAGCGGCCAAAUUCUAUCAAGUGAUAUACCUCUCGGUGACGAUUUUAAUGUAGAAACUAGUCUACGUAAACCAGUUAUUAUACCAAAUAUUAAUACAGAUCAAGGUUUUUUAAUUGGUAUGCGUACUCAGAAUAUGAGUAUAAGUGCUUGGAGUUUGCUCAGCCCUCCAAAUUAUCGAGGCGAAAUAAAUCGAAUUGCCAAUGGUAAUUUCACUAAUAACAAUUAUACAGUUGGCUUCAUAUUCCAAAUGGUGGAUGGAGGUUUUGGCGCGAUCGCAAGUUCGAGAGUAGGGAACAUUCAAAACAUUACGAAUAUGCAAAUACUUGUUGAACCCAAAUGGGAAGUAUCUGUACGAUUUUUACGGCCAGGUGCCAAAGAAUUCACGGAACCAUAUAUACUAUAUCAAACUAUAGCUGAUUUGGAUGAUAUAAUUACUCGCCCAUGCAACGCAGCCUUUGAUGGGCAAGGAUAUCAAUGCAUCUUGCAAAUAAUAAAAAAGGACAAUCAAACAUUUCAAGGAACUUAUCUCAAAAUUACAUUUCUUUCAACCGGAUCACUGAUAAAGAUCGACAGACUUACUGAUAUUACUAGUUCAAACUCGAUAACGGAUCUUUUGGCAUUACGAUAUGGUGGAUUUAUUUUAUUAAGUUAUGAAUUCAAUCCAAUUGAAUCGAAAAUCCUCUCAGCAAAAAUUUAUGAUAGUGAUGGAAAAUAUAGUGGUAUAUGGGAUUUCCCAGUUAAUACUACUAUAACGAUGCAACCGAUGGUUCACUAUAGUAAUAAAAUUUAUUUAGUCUCAAGCCAAAAUGAACAAGGAGACUAUAUUAUUUUAUCGACUAAUGUCACAAAAUUUAUGCCCACAGAUAAUGGAUAUCAAAAUCCAAAUAUUGUCUCAACGAAUCCUAGUAUCAACGCUAUUAUUCCGACAAACACGACUGAUAUAACAGUUACAUAUACUGAAAAGAUUAAUGUAUCGUCUCGUAGUGUCGCAAUCUAUCAGAUUUAUGGAAAUAACUCAAUUCUUCGACAAAAAACUUCUGGUCAAUCUCUUUUUUGCUAUUCAAUUAAUGAGUAUACAGUAGGAAUUAAAAUUUUGCGCAGUACAUUUAAUCAACCUGGCGCCUCAUAUUAUGUCGUUGUGGAUAGCGAUUUUGUCAAAACUCGUAAAUUCAAUGAAGCAUUAAUUGGAAUUGAGGCUUAUGUUUGGAAAUUUAACUCAACACAAAAAACCGAAAAAUAUGCUGCGUCAGCCAUAGGAUUGCUUCGUCUCACUCUCGAAGGAACCAAUCAGUAUCUCAAUCUCUCACUGGACGAAAAACGGGAUUUCUUAAAUUAUCUUAAAGAAGAUAUAGCACAACCUCAGCUUUUAUUAAGCUUACAGAUUAAUUCUAAUAAUGAUUUAUCAAGCCGUAAUGUCAAAGAAAUCAUACUUGACUUGAAUGCCUUAAUUUUAAAUAAAAAAAUCACUGGAAUCUCUUUGUAUAAUUACACUAAUUUUUUGGAUGAAGAAUAUGGGUUUAAACAAAUACCUAAUUUCUGGGAAGAGUAUCAAUAUGUUGUUUAUAUAACUGGCUCUAUUUUUAUUAUCUUAUGCAUUCUUUUUCUGAUUGCUCGUUAUAAGUACAAAGAGGGAAGAAACUUUGUAGUCUUUACUCUCGCUUUAUUAAUUACAGACUUACUAUUAGAUGUUUUAUGGAUUAUUCGAAAUGGACAUGAUGUGCCGUGGCUUUUUCUUCCAAGUUUGAUAUUUCUUCUGGCUCCAAUCUGUUUUAAUGGAUUGCUUGCCUUUACACUCGUAAUUUAUGAAGUUUCUCAAAACAAUGCUUUUCAUAAAUGGCUACACAAAUACACGACAAUUGCAUCAGUUUUCACUUUGAUAGCAUCAGCGGAUGUGGAGGCUUUGACUGUCUUGUGCUCAAAACUAGCAGGCUUAGAAGCUUUUUCCGCUCAGUUUAUGCAGACCACUGAAUCUUGGAUUUUUUUCGCGCGUUGUGUAAAUUUAUUUAUUGAAGAUGUGCCACAAUUUACUAUUCAGAUUUUAUACCGAAAGAACACUAUCACAUAUGACAUAAUUCCUUACCUCGCGCUUUUAAGUUCUUCCCUAAUGAUUCUCAUAAAUUUA